CCACAGUAGGUCACUGAAUCGUCAUAUUUAUUUCUUCACGUUGAGUGUCAUGUUAUGAAGAAAAAGUGCCUGAAUUUCAUCGUUUCAGAAUAAUAUAUGACAACGCAAACUAAAUUGAGAAGAUUUGGUUGAAGAAUGGUACCGAUAGACAACAGCCAGCUGGUUCCAACAAACGAUACUUGCACGGCUGACCUCCCCAAGAUCCUGUGUAUCAUCUAUGAUAUCACCAACCCUCAAUGGCAGACAUGCAAGUUCACCGUCACCCUGCCGACGUCAACGACCACGGUAGAACUGUGCGAGGAGGUGGCGCGCCAGGCUAACUACGAACCGGAUACCUUUGAACUCUACUGGCUGAGGGCCGGAAAAGAUGGCAAUGACAAUCUUUUCUUGAAUGACAAGGGUCAGAAGUCACUCGGUGAGCUAGGCAUGCUGACUGUAGGAAGGAAUCUAUUCAACCUGCAAGACAAGGAUGGGGCACAACCAGUCCCUAUACAGGCUGGGGCAAGCGGCACAACCAAAUCUCCCAGUGAAAUAGAUGCUUUGAACCUAGCAACGGACGACACUAGCCCGAUCAUCACUGCAACAUCUGAUACCAGCUCCCUAUCAUCCGACUACUCCUCCUACGUCCCUUACUCCUCUGCUGUCAUUGGAAGAUCAGAAACAGGUUUUGUUGGUCUAGUCAACCAGGCAAUGACGUGUUAUCUCAACAGCUUGAUGCAAACACUUUACAUGACUCCAGAGUUUAGAAAUGCUGUCUACAAAUGGGAGUAUACUGAUACACAGGAGGAAAGAUCUAAGAGUAUACCCUAUCAUCUUCAACGUCUCUUCAUUCAGCUGCAGACCAGUAAGAAGAGGUCAAUUGAGACGACGGAUGUCACACGGAGCUUUGGAUGGGAUAGCAGUGAAGCUUGGCAGCAGCAUGAUGUACAGGAACUGUGCAGGGUCAUGUUUGAUGCACUGGAGAAGAAAUGGAAGAACACGGAUCAGAGUAAUCUUAUAAACCAACUAUACCAGGGUCAGCUCAAAGAUUAUGUCAAGUGUUUAAAGUGUGGCUAUGAGAGUGCAAGAUCAGAUGCUUUCCUGGACAUCCCAUUGGUGAUCAGACCAUUCGGUGCCAACAAGGUCUACAGCAGUGUUGACGAGGCUUUGCGAGCCUUUGUGGAGCCAGAGACUUUGGAUGAGAGUAACCAGUACUUCUGUGAGAAAUGCAACAUGAAAUGCGACGCUCAUAAGGGCCUCAAGUUCCAACACUUUCCCUACCUCCUCACUCUGCAACUCAAACGAUUCGACUUUGACUACAACACAAUGCAUCGCAUCAAACUCAACGACAAAAUGACGUUCCCCGAGAUUCUCGACCUAAAUGCAUUUGUCGUAUCCGAGGCUGACUCGCAAGGGGAACCGCCUACAAAGACGACCGUGCAAGCAUACGUUGAAGGUGAGACGCAGUCGGACAGCGGAGCAGAGAACGAGGAUGGAAGCCCCAGCAGUCAGAGUCAGGAGAACUCGCUGGAGGAUGCCCUCGACGAGGGGAUCGUGAUGGAGCAGGCCUCGACUACAGCCAUCACCAAUCACAGGAAUGAUCAGGAGAGACAGACGAGGGGGCCCUACACCUACGAGCUCUUCUCCAUCAUGGUGCAUUCUGGGACGGCGUCGGGCGGACAUUACUAUGCAUAUAUUAAGUCCUUCACUGAUGGCCAGUGGUACUGCUUCAAUGACCAGCACGUAUCGCGUAUCACUUAUGAUGACAUCCGCAAGACCUACGGGGGAGAGCCGACCCACUACAGGGGCUACUACUCCAGCUCUUACACUAGCUCCACUAACGCAUACAUGUUGAUGUACAGACAGAUCGACCCACUUCACAAUGCUAGUUUCAUGAACGCAGACAAUUUCCCGAGUCACAUUUCCCACCUCUCCAAGGGUCUCUAUCAGGAGGAGGAAGAAGAGAAGAGACAACGGGAGAUAGAGAGGAACACCUGCAAGAUCAAGCUGUUUGGAGUGCAUCCAGUGACGGGAAAGACGAUUGAAACAAGACUAGAGGUGCACAAGGACAGGACAUUAACAGAGGCCACACAGCAGGGUCAUCAGUUGCUUGGAUACGAUGAAGUCAUACCGUUAGAGCAGUGCCGACUGGUCAAGUAUGACGAGUUCCAUGAGUCGCUUGAGAGGUCGUACGAGGAUGAAGAGGACACGCCCAUGGGUCAAGUCCUUGGAGGGGUCAAGGGGUCAUAUAUGUUUGACCUUCUGAUGGAGACAAGGACGGCGGAGCAACAGUUUCAGAGCUACAAGCCAGGAGGUGUGACAAUCAAACUGUUUGUGGUGGACCUGAGGCAAGGUGAGAUACACAAUCCUAUCACAACCAGAGCUUAUCAUCAAACAACCCUCACAGACUUUAAAGAGCAGAUCGAAGGGUUAACUGGUCUGCCACCCAGCAAGAUGCGUCUUGUUUUAGAGAAAUAUUACAACGAGCUUCGUCUUCUCACUGUACCCGGCAAGAACCUGAAAACAGAAGGGUUCAGUAAAUGCAAUAAGGUGUUUGUUGAAGCAAGUGGACUGGAAGACAUGGAUACUGACUUUCCCCAUUCCCAGCUCUACACACUGCUGGACAGAUAUGCUAACACGAUCCGUCUCCUUGUAUCACUCCCGCCUCUCUCAGGAGAAGAGGAGGACAGUGCCAAAGAGGAAGUGUCAGAGACCAGUUCUUCAAAUGACUCGGUAGCUGAGAAAUUCUCUGACCUCCAAGUCGAGACUGGAGGCCUCUCUCCCAACAAAAUCCCUACACCCAGCCCCACGGGAAGCUCCUCAACACUGAGCGAUGAUCAGCCGCUGGAGAAGAACGGUGUGAAUUUGGUCGGGAGUGAAACAGACAGUGGUGUUGUGUCCCUGAAUGAAGCCAGGCUAACGGACGAGCAAGCAGGAGAGGAUGAGAAUGUAGUUGGAGAUGAACUCCGCGGUGAACCCGAUGGGGGGUGCGACGGUCCUCAAGAGAAACAAAGCAUCGUGGACCCUUUGAAUGCCCAGGAAUUAACUGAUGCGUUAAAUGCAGCACAACCGAUCACGAGUGACGCGACACCGUCCUCGCAUCCGCAGAAGGAUGCAAGUCAUAGAGACAAAGGGGAGAGUGCCACCACUCGUGUGCCAUCGUUAUCUAGUCAGAGACAAAUCGCCAAGAGUCACUUGACGUUGCCGGUGGCGUCGCAAUCGCAGUCUGCAGCGUCGUGCACGGAAUGCGGAAAGCUGCAGGUUCCGGACGCAGGGAUCCUUCGCCCCCGUGCCAUGAGCCCCCUCCCCGGACCCCUCAACCCUCAGAUCAUGGAUGCUAUUCAUAGGCGGAGGGAUGCGGUGGACCAGGCGUGUGACAGAGGCGGAGACGGGGUGGAGCAGAGUGGUCCAAGCGAACCUCCUCUAGGGUAUGUGGAACCCAGUGUAGACUCUGAUCAGGAAGUCAGUGACGCAGCAAGAGCACUGAAGAAGAAGAAGAUUUGGUACUUCAAGCCCUUAGAGCUGUCGGACACGGAGGAAGGCAGAGUGCUGUUGGUAAAUCUUGACAGACGGAUGUCGUUAGGAUUCUUCAAAUCUUGCGUUGAAACCCACGUAGGAACGACAUCGCUCAAUUUCAAGGUGUAUAGAGUCUACGCUAACAAUCAAGAGUUUGAGAGUAUCCGCUUGAACGAGACGCUGCAAUCGUACAGUGAUGACAGUCGGAUAGUCAUCAAACUAGGCAGAGCUCUCAGGAAGGGAGAGUACCGAGUGAAUAUUCACCAACUACUAGUCAACUCAAAUGAGCCUAUCAGAUAUCUGUUUGAUUGGGUGUUUGCCAAAGGUAUGACUGUGUUGCAGUCCAAGAAGGAGCUUCUUCCAGAACUCAAGAAGAAGUGCAGUAUAGACAUCCCUCUAGACAGGUUACGUCUGCGCAAGAAGUCGUGGAAGAACCCGGCCACCAUCUUCCUCAAUGAUCGCAUCUAUGAAGAAGAUAUCCCCAUCUUCACAAACUGGGAAGUCUUUGUGGAGCUCCUAGACAGACCGGAGCUAGUCGCAUCGUCAUCCCAGCUUGCAUUGUACGUCAGGCGAUGGCGCCCUUCGCAGAUGAAGCUUGACCCCUUCGAGGAGGUCAUUCUGGACGAUACCAACGUCUCUGAUCUCAAGACAGCGUUGUCGGAGCUGAGCGAGAUCCCUCUGGAGAACAUUGAGUUUGCCAAGGGGCGGGGCACGUUCCCCUGUGAGAUCUCACUCCUUGAGAUGAACACUGACUUGGAAUGGGAACCCAGGGUCACUGCACUCAAUACCUGGCCUCUCUACAUCACCGAUGAUGGGACGGUUAUCUACUACAGAGAUAAUAGGGAGGAGCUGAAGGAGUUACAAGAAGAUGAGAAGAAGGAGAUACAGAAGAAGGAAAAUGCAAGGUUAUCCAAGACAGGUCAGAAGGUGACCUACUCCCCUCGGAAGGAGAGAGCACUCAAGAUCUACACCGAUAGCCCUCCUCCAUACAGUGCAAUCAACUAACACCCUGGUGUUACACCAUAGGUAACACUGUGUAGCAAGAUAACACCUGGUGUAACACCAUACAUCUGGGUAACACACAUAUCCUGAUAACACCCGAGUCCACACCCUUGUUAACACUAAAUAGCGAGACAACACUGAUUGUUGCACCAUAGGUAAUGUUUAAUGGCAAGAUAACACCCUUUUACACACCAAAAGUAACACCAAAAGGCUAAAUCACACCAGUGCUACACUUUCGGUAAUGGCAAAUAUCCUGUUAAGACCCAGUCCUGUAUUAUCGCUUACACUAAACAAAUGUAGUCUGAUGACACCCAGUGCUAUGCCAUUGUUAACUGUUAGUAGCCUGAUAUCCCUUGGCCUCGUUCUUGACCCAACUGCAAGAGCACAUCUUGUCAAAAGCACAGGCAAGUGUCGUAUAAUAUCAAGUGUCCCAUUCGGGAGGCCAUGGUUGUUGUAGCCUGUUUAAUAUUACCUUAUUCAUGCUUUCACAGUUUGCUUUGCCCAUAUGUGCUGUUAUAGUCAUACUGGUAAUAUGAAUUUUAGAGUUAAAAGCCAUGGUACUUAAAUAUGAGGGAGGUGGUUUGAAUUUAAGGUUUACCUUGAAAUCUGGAAUUCUGGAAACUAAAUUCUCACAGAAUCGAAUAUAACCUUUCACUGAAUGUUGAAGACUUCAAACAUAUGAUAUAAUUGACCCUACCGCCUAUACAAUGUUAGCCAAUAGAGGGCGACCUUUCUGAUCAGCCCACAUGCAGAUAUGAUACUGGGAAAGACGAUGAGACAAGGUUUUUGGUGGUGCCUACAUAGAUCUCAUCAAAUCAUCAAGUUCAUGAAAUCUGAACAAUAGUUUUAGUAAACUGAGGAAUUAAGUGACAGUGCUGUACAUUCUCUAUGGAAGCCGGAAGAAAUCUUGUCUUACCCUAACCUCUGAAUGUAAUGUUGAUUCCCGCCAAAUUCAAUUCCACACCCCAUGCCUCGAUCUCAAAUUACAUAAGUCAAGUCCAAGUGAAAUUUAGAAUCGCCUCUUUCUCUUGAAAUUCAAUUCCAUGCCUUUGAACUCAAGAUGAACUAUAAUGUUUUCUUAGGGUCCAUGUACAGACAUAUAACACUGCACAGGUGUUUCUCCUUCUUUACUUAGCUGCUAACUUGUGGAACACUUCUCCAAUUGCUCUGUUGGUUGCUCUGAUCGAUACUUGUUUAUACACCCUAUUUUUCAUUUUCCAAAAGCAAAGACAGUCCUCUUAAUAAUCUACCCAAUAACGGCAGGUGUGCUUGCCUAUGGAUAUUGUAUCUGUCAUUGAAUAUGGAUUCCUGUCAAAUAUUAUGCACAAUCUUUGAUGUAAUCAAUAUUUUUUAGGAAAAAAAUUACUUGAACUUGCCCUAUUUUUAUAUUAAAGGGAUAUCUCAACCUAAUACUGUAUGUUGUCGAAGCUACAUGUAAUCUUGAAUUCUGAAAAAGAGCUGCAUUUUUAUUUUCAUUUGAGAAUGCAUGGCUUGUCCUCCGUAAGUCAUGAUAUAAAAUAAACUUUAACAAUUAUUCCUGCAUUGUUCAUGGAGUAGAUCGGCUGUUUGGAGGAGCAAAACUGAAACUAAAUAAUGGAAACCUCUGGAACAUUUAUUCACUAAAACCACAUGUUGUUUUGCACAAUACAUAGUUGGGGAAAAUAACUGUUGCUUGAUUCUCCCAUCACUGCAUCCUCGCCUUGCCCAUGAUGCAGUUUACAAAUCUAUACAUGUACAUAUUUCUACAUUAUACCAUUUUAUGUGGCCGGUAGCAUUUAUUUGUCGUCUUUGAAAUUCAGUGUAAGGUUUUUUUCAAUCUGUGGGAUUUUUUUUCUGUCAUUACCGGUACUUCAAAUCAUGAUUACCAUGAAAAGCUCUCUCUUUCUUUUUUUUGUUGUUGUUGCCUUUCUUAUUUUGCUUUUCAAAUUUUUAUUCCAUUAUUGAUUUUAUUCCAUUAUACAGCUGACAAUAUGUGUUGCCAAGAUUUUGUAAAGUUGCUGUAAUUCCCUUGUUUUAUAUUUGAAUCAUGACUUUUGUCCUGUUAUUUUCCUGUUGCCCAAUGUUGACUCAAUGAUUUUUGAAAUUAUUAUUUCAUUCCAUUUUUACAUUCAAAAGCAGCUCUAUCAAGAUACCACUGCUACUGUGCGCAUAUAAUUAUGAACAGAAUGAGAAUUUGGGAGUUGUAUGACAUGGACAUUUUCGACCUGUGUGUAGACCAUAAAUUGAGACAUGGUCACAUUUCUUCUCCGAUCAUUUUUUAAAGUCAGAGAAAGUUUCAGACUGUACACAUAUGAGAUGAGACCUUUUAGUCACAUAAAUUCAUAAGUAGAGGUGUCGUGGUUGAGUGGAUAUGUCACCAGAUACAAGGUCCGCUGUUCAAGUCCCACCCUGGCACUAAUAUCCUUUGGCAAGACAUUAAGCUACAUUUACUAAAUGUAGUUGCCCUUAUCCCAAGAAGCUAUGAUAAUUCUAGACGUUUCCUAAACUAAGGCUUGCUCUACAGCGAACCCCAAUCUAACCAACCAAGGAAAGUUUCAUUUUCUCCUCAUUUUGACUUCUUUGGGUUUAUUUUAUAAUUUGCAUGUUGUAUUAUUUUUUUAUGUUUUUUAAAUGUAGAAGGUAAUAGAGUCUUAUCAAAUGGGAAAAUUGUGAAUGUUAAUAUGAUCAGUUGGUGCAAUUUCAUUUUACAAGAAGAUAUGUGUGAAUGAAUAGACUUCGGUAUAUUACUCAUAAUCAAGGUUAAUGUAUAUUGCUAUGUAUUACUCUUUGAAGGCACUAUUUAACACCUCAUCUUCUCCUGCAGUGAUAUAGUCCACACGUCUUUCUGAAAUGGUAGCAAAAGCAUUUGAAAGUUGCAGGCAAAGUAAGUUUUCCUGGUAUCAUCAUUUCAAUUGUAUUUCAAGAGUGAAGUUUACCUAUUUAUGUUUUCUGAAAUUUGUACUUAUGCCAGACAUAAAAAGAAAUUCUGUUAUAAUACCUUACCUGAUUAUAUACAAAUUACAAUUUUCUGAUAAGUACAUGUGUGAUUCUUAUGUUACCCUUAUAUAAUUAUUUGGAUAAGUUUGCGCAAUUUAUUGGAAAUGUUGAGUAGUACCUUUAAGCGUUACGUCUUGUGUGAUAAAUCGUUAAUGAAAGAUAAUUUUUAAUUUGCUAGAUCAUGCGAAGAUCGUGAGCAUUUUUUCCUGCCUGCAUUUUUAUUUUUACAUAAAAAGUAUCAUUUUGAAAAUCAAUUGCAUUUAAAUCAUUAGUCUUUCUUGUUUUAAUGUUUGUAAUGAUUUGGGAUCUUUAUACAUUUUUCACAGAUAAGAAACAAAGGGACACGAGUGUCCCCUUUUACGACAAAUGUCAAUCCAAUUAAUCAUUUUAGUAUUACUAUCAAUCAUAUGUUGUUACUGCUAAAAGUAGUAAUUGUAAUCUACAUUUGUAAUGUACAUUUAGCUUAAACAUGUAGAUUGCAAUUUUAAGGACUUCAAUGAAAAGGAUUUUUCAAAGGUACUUGGGAGAGAUAGUAUAUAUUGAAUAUAAUCAAGAUUUUAUUCUUUCAAUAAAAGAAAGAUGCCUGUACAUGUAUCUUCACUUCAUUCUGAAAUCCUGUGAAGUCAAUGCCUCUUGAAUGACCUUAAAGUCACUUUUGACCAUUUUCGUGUUGAAAUGUUUGUGGUAAAAAUAAACUCAUGAGGCCAUCUUAAAAUGCAGUAAGAAUUAUGUAUGGUUAUCUAAAAGCAUAUUGAUAGUCGUCGUAGUAAAUUUAAAAAACUUGCCCUAUUGUUUUCCACAUAUCUAUUGUAUCUGGUGAAACACAUAGACAACAAUUUUUAAUUUUUUUGGAGAAAUAUUUCACUUGUUGUUUUUAUUACCAUUACCUGGUCAUCAGUGUUAAAAAUACUUUUCUGUUCAUGGGAGAUCUUUUAGGAAGUGCGAUUUUCUCACAGUGAUGUUUAAGUAUUUUGAUGUUUUUCACCAGAGCUGGUUUUUUCCAUUUAACUGAGCACUUUUGAAGCUUACGAGAGCUAAAUCGAUCACCGCUCCGUGAUUUAAUUUUCCUUCUGGUCAUUUGAUGUCCAUAGGCCUAAAAUAGUUGAUAAGUGCAUGCGUCUUUAAUAAAACUUUAAUCUUUGAAUGUACACAUGAUUUGUUCUCUCCAUGCAAAUCAUUGUUUUAUAGCUCUUUGAACUGAAAACUCUUAAACCGUGAC